GUCAGCGAGGCUUUUUCGGAAGGUGCACGGUGCCGAGUACCCGAGAGCAGGAAGAGGAAGCUACGGAAGCGUUAUACCUAGCGCAGCGCGGCAUAGCCGUACCAGCGCCAGCUACGCCGUUUGCCACGACUGUGCAACAGUUGAGGGGGAAAAACAAGAACAAAGGUAAUCGGGGAGGCCGAGGAGAGAACCUUGGCUUGAGCAGUGGUCCAUUCUUCGCCAACUCUGCGGUUGGUGGAGACGAUAAUCUGCCCACGACCGACGAGCUGUGCAUGUUCCUGCCUUGCGCGUCGCCGAAGUUUUCCCCAUCUUCAGAGGGGCCUUCAAAGCGAGAUCCAGUAGGGAGCAAGUUGCAAGUGCAAGAGGAUCAUCAACGUAUUAAACACGCAGGAGAAGUUGUAGUUCCCUCUGGUCCCGUGUUAGGGAGCAAAAAAGAGCACACAACUUCCGUAGUAACUGGUGCCUUAGAGGAGCAGCCCCACUUGACUCUUCGUGGGUCUCGUAAGCAGGGUUUAGUGCGUACGACAUCUGACAACUACCCUCAACACUUGGCUUCGCCUACAACUCAUAAGAACAAUUAUGAGUUGGCACUUCUGGUUCCCGUGGAGAAGAAAAGGAGUCGCGCGCACAGUGUCGUCGAUGAGGAUGACGGUAAUCUGCGAGGCGAGGAAUUCCGCGAGCCCUAUGAUUGUUCUGUCUCGUCUUCGUUUUUUCUGCUGAAUAGCCUGGCAACAACAUCACAGAGCAGCAGUGUCGCCUGUGCUGCUGGAGUGUCAUGCAUUGCCGGGAGUACGGGUAAGGAGGCGGUCCCCGGAAC